UGUGGUAGCAAGUCGCUACGUCAGACUUGUACAUGGUGCGAACUUCUUUAGUUAGGGUCUCUGCGAUGCGUACGAUCGCUCUCACGUGCCCCGAUCACGCUUUGUCCUCGCGCACAACGAGGACAAAGGAGGACAAAGGCUUUUGUUCUCCUCGUAUAUAUAGCCCUUGCGAGCUUGGCUGGGACCUCGUCAUUUCACGCUCUGCUCGCAGCACGGCGCGUCUGGAUCUAGGCCACAUUAACGUCGAGUAACUGUGGUAGCAAGUCGCUACGUCAGACUUGUACAUACCGUUUUCUGAAGACAAUAUUGUCCGCAUUUAGGAAGUGGCGAGGGUUUUAAGGAGAGUAUCGUGAAACUCGCGAAAGGCGUCGACCUCGGACGCGUGAUGCCACAAAGUCCCCACAUGCCCCAAUCCUUGACCUGCAACGUCAAGGAACAUCAUUCGCCCUUGCAUAUGCGCGAUCGCAACCAUAUGCGGAUCGUUCUGGAGACGGUCAAAAUCCCGCUGGACCGAUUCCCUAGCACGAGAGUCUUCAUCGAGGUAAUACGCGACGCUGUUAAAGGUCAUCUCCUUGAUGGGGUGCUGCGCCGAGAUAUCAGCAAGGGCGACAUUCUCAUCUUGCCGGGAGAUGUACCGUUCAAGGGAUUCGUCUGUGACCUUGAUCGCGGCAGUUUCGUCGACAGCACAGAGCUCGGCGGCUCACGUCCAGACGCCUAUGCUAGUGAGGAUGACCCCGAGAAUGAACUCAAGGAUCGGACGGGUACAUUUCGAUACUUCGCCCGCGAGCUACUGAACAGAAGUGGACCGGUCUUUCACCGCGCGCAUCAUGAUAUUGAAUCGUUCUAUUGGGUUGUUCUCUGGAUCAUCCUUUGUCAUACGGACCACGACAACCCGGACGACACCGCGGCGUACGAUGGUGUCUUUGAUGCUGACACGCAGAAGGCUGCUAGCAGUCAGAAGCUCCUGUGGCUGAACCGCGAUUCACAAUACUUCAUCAUUCGCGGCAACAAGCCCCUCACUGACCUGAUGGACGUCUUGGCGUCGCUAGUCAACAGGGCCCAGAGGCAGAGGGAUUUACAAUUAAGACCUCUGACCUAUGCAGCCUUUACUGAAGCCCUCGACCGUGCUUUGGAUGCCGAAGACUGGCCAGAGGACGACAAGGCACGCUCGUUCAUACCCCCGGGUCUUGAUGACGAUGUCAAUGGGAACCAAACGCGACAGGGAGUCCAGCGACGAGGGAACGCGCUCGAAGGAGUAGAGGGUGUCGACGGACGUGGGUCUACUAUGGGCUGGUAGGGUACCUCACUUCCCUCAAGUGGGUCAACUCAGAUCCGGAGCCAGAGUCGAACAUAGACGGUGCUUGAAUGACUUGAAUGACUGUCAGGUCGUUGCCAUUCCCAAAUAUACACCGUUAUCUCUCACUUCCGUCCUGCGUAGCACCGUAGCUGGAUGUGAUCAAUGCUCAGAGCACAAGAUCGGAUACGUCCACUAUUGUCCCAUGCUUUCUUACGGACGGACUUCGAGACAAUAUCCUUGUUAUAGUACAUAUGCCCGACAGUGUACGCAUCAUACGCAUGAAAUUUGACCCUUCA